UUUUUUUCCUCGUAUUAGGGUUUUGGAACUUCUCAAGUCCUCAUACUCUUUAAAGCCGUCGUCGCCGAAAGAGCUGUUCUCUCUUCUCUUUUCCUUCCUCCAUUUUUCCCUCCAGCAGAGAAGACUGAAGAUUAAGGAGAGGCGUCUAACGUUCAGCUAUGUCUCUCGUUGGGAAUGAAGACUUUCAACACAUUCUUCGUGUUCUCAACACGAAUGUCGAUGGAAAACAGAACAUCAUGUUUGCUCUAACUUCGAUCAAAGGUAUCGGUCGCCGUUUUGCUAACAUAGUAUGCAAGAAAGCCGACGUCGACAUGACCAAGAGAGCCGGUGAGUUAUCUGCUGUUGAGCUUGAAAACCUCAUGGUGAUUGUUGCAAAUCCACGACAGUUCAAGAUCCCUGAUUGGUUUUUGAACAGGAAGAAGGAUUAUAAGGAUGGUAGGUAUUCCCAGGUUGUUUCCAAUGCGUUGGACAUGAAACUAAGGGAUGAUCUUGAGAGGUUGAAGAAGAUCAGGAACCACCGUGGUCUCCGUCACUAUUGGGGCCUAAGGGUUCGUGGUCAGCACACAAAGACAACUGGCCGCAGGGGAAAGACUGUUGGUGUCUCAAAAAAGCGAUGAACUUUUAUCCCGUUUCCUUGCUUUCUACAUUUUUGGGGGUUUUCUCUUGUUACAAAUAUUUGUUACCUUUUCUGGGUCUAAUAUGUUAUAGAUCAUUAAAUGAGUGGCUUUCUCUUUUAUAGGUUUGAUGAAUUUUUGGAUGCCCUCAGUUAUGUUUUCUUUAUCUAGGUUCAAACAUUGUUGUUAUUCUGAGUUAUGAAUCAAUUUUGAUUUGUUUA